CACCCUGUCCCUGCCACUCCCUCUUUUUAUCGAACACUGCCAGUCUGCCCUUAAACCUCUCAGUUUCACUCUCUCUUUAAAACCCUAAUCCUCUCUCUCUAAAAAUGAUGAAACUUUCUCGCUCUCUGCUUCGCUCCAGGAAACUGUCUUCUGAUAAAUUGUUUGCUGGAAAAGCUGAUGAUGUAGGAGAUGCUUUAUGGUCAAAGUCUUACUCAUCUCUUGCUAGCUUGUCAACUGCAAGACAGAAUGUUGGUGCGAAAGGUCGAGUAUUUGCUCCUUAUUCUGUUUAUAAGGGCAAAGCUGCACUUUCUGUCGAUCCUGUUCUUCCAACUUUUGCUAAAUUGGAUUCUGGGGAUUUAAGAGUCCAGCGCAAAGGCGUCAUUAUGUUGACUUUUUGGCCUGCUAUUGGUGAGCGCAAGUAUGACUGGGCAAGGAAGCAGCAUUUUGGUUUGUCACCGACAGAAGUUGGGUCUUUGAUAAGCAUGGGUCCCAAAGAGUCUUCUGAGUUCUUCCAUGAUCCUUCAAUGCUAUCAAGCAAUGCUGGUCAAGUGAGGAAGAGCUUAUCAAUUAAAGCACUUGCAGAUGGCAAUGGUUAUUUCGUUUCUUUGAAUGUCGUCAAUAACCUUUUGAAAACCACUGAACGUUUUGUUGUUCCUGUAACAACUGCCGAAUUCACUGUGAUGAAGACUGCUUGCAGUUUUGCAUUGCCCCAUCUCAUGGGUUGGGAUCGGUUAACUAAUCCACUACCGGUGGCCAGCAAUAAGAGUUCAUCAAAGGUGGAUCGAGAAUCAUUCGAUUUAGAAUGGGAACGAUGAACUCGACUGAUUUAAAGUACAUGAGCGUGCUAAACAAUGUGCUUUUGUUAAUUGUUUGUAUUAUCUAAAACUUCUUUUCCCCUCUGUUGUAGUGUUCAGAGAGUAUGUAAUAUUUUGUCUCCAUGGAUUCUUCUGUGUACUUGCAAGGAUAUUAGGGCUUGAUUUUUCAUUACCUAUGUUAAGCCCACAAGCCCAUUUAUUCUUAUUUUCUUGCCCA